AUGCCUUAAGUCGACCUUCCCCAUCAUCAACCAUCUCUUUCUUUGCCAGCCACUGGAAUAUCUUCUCUCCCUCAUGAGAUUAAAGAUUCUCCCCCACUCGCCGUUGAAUUGAAAUAUACCGAAUAAGAACUCCACAAGCUAUAGUUGAUGCCUCAUUCCAACACCGCUAACAACUUCUUCACCCUUACCAUGACGUCCAUGGCCAUGGCUUCCCACAAAAUUUUGUUGCUCUUGCUUAUCAGCUUCCUCUUUUCUCGUACAACUGAGGCACAGGUCACUUAUCUUUACCACAACUGCUCUUCCAACAAAACCUUCACUGUCAAUAGUGCUUUUCAAUCGGACCGAAUCAAACUCCUCUCUUCCUUAGCUUCUGCCAACACUGACUUCUCCAACGCCACCGUCAUCGGCGGCGGCGACACCAUCUAUGGCCUCUUCAUGUGCCGGGGUGACGUCAACCUCUCGAUAUGCCACCAAUGUGUCGUGAACGCCACCCAACGAUUAUCUUCCGAGUGCAGAGUUUCGAAGGAGGCAAUCAUCUGGUACGACGAGUGCAUGGUUCGCUAUUCGAACCGUUCCUUCUUCGCCACCGUAGACACAAGGCCUAGACUCGGCCUCUUGAACACCGGCAAUGCCACCCGGCCGAGCUUCUUACAGUUAUUGUGGGACACGCUUAACUUUACGGCAGACGAUGCAGCCAACGACGCUAAGAAAUAUGCCACAAGGCAAGCAAGCAUAUCUGGAUACGGAACUAUGUAUUCUCUACUUCAGUGCACGCCUGACCUAUCAUCCCAAGAUUGCAGAAAAUGUCUGAGUGCUGUGAUUGGAGACCUUUCAUGGUGCUGUGUGGGAAAACAAGGAGGAAGAGUUCUAUAUCCCAGCUGCAACGUUCGCUAUGAGUUCUAUCCUUUCUAUAAUAACUCUGAUGAUCAGCCAGAAGCGACGACGCCUACACCGCCUGCGCUCCCUCCUCCAACAAAUUCUCCAGAUCCUCGAGUAAAAGGGAAAGGUCAGUCAACAAGCACUAUUGUGAUAGUUGUGGUUUCUUUUGUUGGUGGUCUGGGGAUAUUUCUUUGUGUCGCCUACUAUCUCUCAAAGAGUCUAAUCAAGAAGAGACGCAGCGCUCUUCUCAGACAAAAAUACUUUGGAAAUGAAGGCAAUAAUUUAGAGCCUCUACAAUUUAGUUUGGCCACUAUUGAAGCUGCAACAAAUAAGUUUUCGCAUGAAAAAUGUUUAGGCCAAGGUGGAUUUGGACAAGUUUACAAGGGUGUUCUUUCAAAUGGUCAAGAAAUAGCUGUCAAGAGACUUUCAAAAAAUUCUUGUCAAGGUGGAGAAGAAUUCAAGAAUGAGGUUUUAUUGAUUGCCAAACUUCAACACAGAAAUUUGGUGGCCUUGCUUGGAUUUUGCAUAGAAGAACAAGAGAAAAUCCUCGUUUAUGAAUAUGUUCCGAACAAAAGCCUCGACUACUUUCUAUUUGGCUCCCAAAAAGGCAAAGUAUUAAAUUGGGUUGAGCGUUGUAAAAUCAUUGGAGGAGUUGCUCGAGGAACUCUUUAUCUUCAUGAAUAUUCUCGUCUCAAAAUUAUACAUCGUGAUCUCAAACCAAGCAAUAUUUUAUUAGAUGAUGAAGUGAAUCCAAAAAUCUCAGAUUUUGGAUUAGCUAAAAUGGUUGCUAUCAACACAAAUGAAGGAAGUACAAAUAGAAUAGUUGGGACAUAUGGUUAUAUGUCUCCAGAAUAUGCAAUGUACGGACAAUAUUCUGAAAAAUCAGAUGUUUUUAGUUUUGGAGUCAUAAUGUUAGAGAUUAUCAGUGGAAAGAAGAAUACAAGUCGUCAUAGCCAAUCACAGCAUGCUGAUGGCCUAUUGAGCUAUGCCUGGAAGCAAUGGAAGGAGGAAAAGUUGCUGGAGAUAUUAGAUUCGAAUAUAAAAGAAUUUGGAUCAUAUAAUGAAGUGAUCAAGUGCAUCCAGAUUGGCUUGUUAUGUGUUCAAGAAGAUCCAGAUACAAGACCCACAAUGGCUGCGGUUGUUUCCUAUCUUAGUAAUGAUUCCAUUCAGCUGCCAUUGCCAGAGGAACCUGCAUUCUUUCUAGACGGUAGAAUGGGGCCCAGUACCAGUGGAAGUAAGGAAUCAGGCUCGACCAUUGAAGUGUCUAUGAGUGAAUUCUUUCCUCGUUAAUUAGGACCAUGCUUUCAUUUCUUCUCUUUCUUCAACACCCUACAAGAGACGAGCAUUCUUAUUUUAGGCACAAAAAUUGAGAUUUACAAUUUAUACUGUGCGAACGCUUAUCCAUACUAUUCCAUCGUAAUUAUUUAAAGGGACAAGUGAUAUUUUCUCCAUGCAUGACGUUAGUUUUUAUAA